AUCUGGAACUCUAUUUGACAAUGUAUUGGUAUCUGAUGAUCUUGAAUAUGCUAAGAAGUUGGCUGAAGAGACAUGGGGCAAGCAUAAGGAUGCUGAAAAAGCUGCUUUUGAUGAGGCAGAAAAGAAGAGAGAGGAGGAGGAAGCAAAGGAUGACCCAGUCGAUUCUGAUGCUGAGGAAGGCGAUGAUGAUGAUGCUGCUGAUGAAGCAGAUAGUGAUGAUGCAGACGCCAAAUCAGAAACAAAGGAAGAUGUUACUGCCGCAGCUGAGGAAAAUGUUAAAGACGAGCUGUAGGAAAAUACGUGCGAGUGCUGUGGUUGGCCCAACAUGCUGCUGCGAAGAAGAGCUUUGUUGGCAAUUGAGCUCUCGACAUUUUUCAUUUUUCUUUUGGCUUUUAGCUGUAGAAUUGCUGUUUAGGGAAAAAAGAUAUUGGCUUUUGGCUUUUGGCUUUGAGUAUCUUUGUGCUUUGUACCGUUGA